AUGACUAGGGAGCCCGCCGUGGAGACAAAGGAAGGUCAAGUGCUGGACAAUGGCGGCAGUGAAGUGCUUUCACCAGGUCAACAAGGAGCAACACUGCCUCGAGCACAUGUCGGCGCAGGCGUCGCGCAUUCACUGACAACGCGUAAAUAUAAAGAUGCAGAUUUUCUUCCUUCUGCACCAUCGACACCAAAACAACUUACACAUCGUGGCCCGUCGACCCCAUCAAUUCCCAGCCAUUUGCAUCCGCUGCUGACUCCAGUACAUCUUCAUACAUCGGCAGCAUCUUCUCCACAAUCCGCUGACUUGUCUUCUUCGGCCUCUCCCACUGUUUCGCCCUUUGUGACCACCAUCGCGAAUCACCCACAUCCACAUUCACACUCACACCCAGACGCAGAGGAACAGCGCACCCAAGAUCGAGCAACCGCCAUGUCUCCAGCACAGGACUCGCAGCAGGCUGGACCUGGAACUGCAACCCCGGCUAGAUCAGAUCGAGAGAUUGGCACGGGCAUGCUGAACGGAACUCCCACAGGGACUGGGCAAGAGACUGGACAAGGGACUGCAUCAGCGCCUGCACCAGCACCAGCACCAGCACCACUGAACCCCCGUGCCGAGUUGACAGAGGAACAAGUGCGAGCGCUGAUGAUGAUGGACGAGGAUUUCGACCCCAUCCCGACUGAAUACCGUGGCGGAUUCUCAGGGUACUCGAAUAUCGUCCCGGGCCGGCCAAAUGCACAAGCACAACGACAGCCUGAGAGUAACGGCUUCCCCCCUUUUCACGGCGUUGCCGCUGCGCCAAACGCUGGCCAGAACAAUGAACCAGGAGACAGCCACAGCCCCUUCGCCAGGUAUCCCAACCCAGCAAGAAUGAGUACCAUGGGAGCCAUGGGGAUGUCACCGGCUGAACACGGUUUCAUGCCCUACCCAGCCAUGCCGGGCCCGAACUUUGGAUACGAGUAUGGCUUUCGUGCGAGCAUAAAUUUGAGUGAUGGCAACAACGGCUAUGCACCACCGCAGACGCCUCCUAUCUUUCCCGCUCCUACUCCCGCUCCUAAUCCUUGGCUCGCUCCUCCGUUCAUAAGCCCGACCCACCCCGGUCACGGCGCUCACGGUGCCUUAUUGUCUCCUCAUGGACAUGCGCAUGCGCAUCCAGGUCCACCACGCUCACAUCCUUAUGGGUAUGGUUUCGGACCAGUAAGAGGAGGAGGAGGAGCAGCAACACCCAGCUUCAGCCCGGGCAUGGGAGGAAGCAACCACGCCAGUCCAGUGAGAGGCAACUUGGCCGUGACUCAAUCUCCGAGCACCCAGCAUCGUCCAGGUCAAGGUCCAGGUCAAGGCCCAAGUCCCCGUCGAGGAAACUAUCACGCCCGAGCCAACUCCCACUCGUCCCUCCCGCAGGGCGCCCGCUGCGUUCAUGCCGACAACUACCCUUCUGCACCCAGAGGUUUUGGCACAGCUCGAGGUGCAGCUCAGAGCCCAGCGACAGGUCGGGGCGGGGCCCAUGCCAUGCGUCAACCUCCUUCACAUCAACAUACCCGCAGCGGGCAAUUUUUUCGCACCAGUCUGUAUGGACCACGUCUUGUGCGGGAGGCACACCAACACUCUGAGGUUGGUCGAGCUAGGGCUAAUACUCUUGGUGGAUUGGCGUUGAAUGGACAUGGACAUGACGCUGAGGACAAAGCCGUGAACGGCAACGGCGACGACAAAGCGUGA